AUGUUUGACCACGUCGCCCUCUCAGUCCCGCAGGACAAGUACCCUGCAGUCGUCGACUUUUACAUUGCCGCUCUCGCACCGCUCGGCUACGAGAAGCUCAUCUCCAUGUUUGACGACAAGCUCGUCGCUCUAGGCGACAAGAACAGCCCCAUGGCGAACAGGGCGGAUUUUUGGCUGUCGGGCAUGGUCGAGUCGGCGGUGGCGGACAAGAUUUACGCACACUGGGCUUUUGCAGCUGACGGCGAGAUAUGUGAUGUGUUUUUAGAGCGCAGCAAGGUAGACGCAUUUUACGAAAAGGCUUUGGCUGCGGGCGGCAAGGACAAUGGAGCGCCGGGUCCUCGGCCGCAUUUUGGUCCUCAUUACUACGCUGCGUUUGUAAUUGAUCCGAUGGGCAACAAUGUCGAAGUUGUGUGUCGCAAAGAGUAG